AUGAAUAAACUUGAAUCCAGUCUAGUCUCUUGGGUAAUUUUACUAUGUAGAUAAACAGCAAUAAUCUCUCAUAUGGCUGCCACUCAAUUGACGAUCUAUCUGAUGGCCUUCUCCUCUACGAAUUCAUGAGCCAAAUGUAUAAUGCCCUUACCCUUAUUUCUUGCCUUGAAGCAGGUUCUUUCACGGAAAUUUGGAGCUCUAACGAGUUGCCUAAAGGUGAUAACUCAAUUCCAAUUUGGCAAAAGCACAUCCUCUUGUAAGGAUUUGUCACUUGGUUAACUUGCCAAAAUUCCAUGCUAUGAAGAAGCUUGCUUCAAGGCAAGCAAUAGCGGUGAAGACACUAUAAUAUUUAUAUAGUUCUCCUGACACUUUCCAAUCUCAGCUAUCAGAAGAUUCAUUUAAUGCUUCUGCAAAGACCACAAACUUAAAUAAACUCCUGAGAGGGCUAGAAACAUUUUAUUAUGAAGAGCUUGGCAAAGAUUUCUCUAAUUUAUUUCAAAACAUCGAUACUUCAGCCAUUGCAAGAAAUAAUGAUCGAUCUCAGCUUUUAUCAUUGCUAGAAUUAAUUAUGGGAGCAGCAAUAAAAUGCAAAAAUAAAGAAACUUAUAUUGCAAGAAUUGUUUCUCAAAAUGAAGCUGUCCAGUCCGAACUUAUGGGUUUCAUUGAAAAUGUUCUAAGCAAGCUUGAAAAUUAUUCAUAUAAUGAAGACAAAGAUAUAAGAGCCGAACUUAUGAACUUAAAGCAAGAAAAAAGGACCUUGAAAAUGCAGCUCGAUGAUGCCAAAAAAGAAUUAGAAGACCUUUCCUACAGGCAAGAUGAUUUGAUGUUGGAUAGAGAUAGACUUUUAAAUAGGGUGAGAGAACUGGAAGCUGAGCUCGACAAAAAAGUGUCGAAAAAAGGAAAUUCUGAUAUUUCUAUACUGACAGUCCAGCUAGAAGCCCAGAUAAACCAAAAAGAAAUCACAAUUCAGGAACUGAAAAACCAAAUCAACGAUUUGAAAAAGCAGCACCAAGGAGAAAUUCUAAAGCUUAGAGAUGAGCUUGACAUGGCUCAUGAAAAAAUCAUCCAGCUAAGCAAGGCAGAAGCAACUUUAGAUAUCUAUAAAAAGAGGUUAGAAGAGCUUAAUCAAUACAAAAUAAAAGUAAAAGACAUCCAAGAUGAGAGGGAUUCGCUAAAAGACAAACUUGCACAGUAUGAAGAAGACGUCAAUGGAGCUCAUAGUUUAGAGCAAACUUUGAACUAUUAUAAAGAACAGUUUUCAGCUGAAAAAGAAAAAAGCGCAACCCUUUUAUUGUCACUGGACGAAAAAGAGAAAAUCCUAAAAGAGUGCCAAAAGGCUAAAAAGGAGCUUGAAGAAAAAAGGCAGUUUUUAGAAGCCAAAAAUAAAGAACUUAACGAAGAAAUAGAGCAACUGAGAUUUGGAGGAGAAACUAGUAAUGACAGUUUCUCACUAAAUAAAGGCUUCCAAUCUGAGCUAGAAGAGCGCAUUAACUUUUUAUCAGCUGAAAACAAAAUUCUAAAAUCUCAAAUGGGCAACCAGCGAAUUUUGCAGGAAUUAAAUGAACAAAUGGAUAUUGCCAUUUUAGCGAAGAAAACUGCUGAAGAAAACCUGCUGAACGAAAGAAAACUUACAAGGAAAAAGACACAAGAAAUAGAUGCCUUGAAUGAUGAAGUUGCAAACUUAAGAGAAGGAUUGAGAAAGCUAGAAGAAGAUAAUCAAACAGCUGAAACUAUGAUCCACAAUAUGAGAAACUCUAUUAAGCAGCUAGAAAAAGAAAAAUCUGAAUUAAUUGAGUCAAAAACUGAACUGGACAAACUCAAAGUAGAAAAAGAGUCUCAUUCUUUAGAAAUGAAAAACUUGUUUAGGGAAAAAGAAGAAAUCAUCCAAAGACUUAUGGCAUGUAAGGAAGAGGUCCACAAAUUAGAAAAUCAGCUCACACAAAAAGAAAUUAUGCUUAAAUCUGCACAAAUAGAUUUAGAACAAGCGCAGCACAGAGUUAGCGUCGCACAAGAAAAAGAAAAGUUUGCUUUAAGCCAGCUUGAAGCUCUAAAAAAGAAAGAAACUGACGAACUGGAAGGUCUUAGCAAAAUUAAGCUACUGGAAAUGGAAAGAGAUAUCAUGAAAACAAACAAAGAAAUCGCAGUCUGCAUGCUUGAACUUAAAGAAAAAGACAGUUUAAUCGCCAGCUUGCAAGCUGAAAAAAAUAAGCUUGAAGAAGAUCUCAAAAACUCUAUUAGUAAAGUCGAUGAAAUUAACAGCCAGAAAUCAAAAGAAGAAAUAUUGGCUUUGAAAGACUUCAUAAAGCAAAAAGAAUUAGAAAUUGAAUAUUUGGUAACUGAAAAAGAAGAAUCUAAGAUAGCAUAUGAUAAAGAGAUGAAGCUGAUGAGCAUAAUUGUGCAUGAAAUCGGCUGUGAAAUAAUGAAGAAUAGACCUAAAAAGAGUGAAUAA